GUGGACCUGUUGAACGUGCCGGUGGUGGUGGGGUGCAGGCGGCGCGGCAGGUGCUUUCCUCUACCAGCAGCAGUGUGCGGCGCGAUAACACUGGUGUUUGGGUGUUGCUGGGCCAGUGUUAACUCGCACUAGGCACGGGGUGGCCGCAGCGGUGAGGCUGUGUGAGUAUGUCGCGUGUGGUGGCGAGGAGGACAGCCUUCGUCACAUGCUCCGUCUCGCCUUCACCAUACACACACACGCCCCCUUCUGAGGGUACAGCCCAGAACACACCCGGGAGUAUAACACAGGGCACCGCUACCCAAGUGUUGUGUUAGUUGCUACACCUGGACACUGACCUCUGUAAUUGGUCGUGAGUCCCAAGAGAAGUUUUGUUUGAACAGGAAAAUGACGUUGUGUUCAUCUUUGUGUUCAAGUGGCCUACAAGAAGUCCACGAGUUAAAAUGAUAACACGGAACUGUACAGUAAUUAGAGCCAUCAGGUGAUGCUGGAGUUAACGAGACUGACCUGAAGACCAGCGUGUACACGUAGUGAGGGCAGCUACGUUAUUUCUGUGAUAUAACUUGUUGACGUAAGAUAGUUACAUGAUGGGCGUGGAGAGGAAGACGGACAACAACAAUGUCAUCACCAGCACCAGAGUCAACUCCACCCCCUCCUCCCCGUCUUCCACAUCCUCCCCUUCCUCCAGGCCUCGGAGGUCCAGGUUGACCUCCAGCCCCUCUAGUGGGGGCGGGGUGGGGGUCAGCACGGUGCCCAAGUCUGCAGUCACCGCCAGGACCUCCGGAACAGCGACACAGCCGGGGAGACCUGUGGGAAUUGGAGAGGCGAUCAGGCGCAUCCCAACUGCUGGAGGUAACAGGCACUCGCUGAUGAGUGGUGACACGAGGCUCCUUAAUGCUCACAACAACACUACAGCGGCCAGUAAAGCCACGACACCUACUAGUAGACUCAGCAGAGAAUCAGAGAAAAAGACAACGCCCCCAUCCGUGACGCAGCCGCUGUCUGCUUCAGGUAAAGCUCUGGUGAGGAGAAGGACCAACACAGACGCCGCCGCCACAAGUGUCUCUAACAUUACCUCGAACAAGGGUCCCGCCAGAUCAGCCGUCCCGGUGAGGAAAGUUAACAGUUCCUCCGUGAAGCGAAAGUCAUUGACGCCUGGGAGCGUCAGUGGCAGCAGUAAGGUUCCUAGUGAAGGAGGAAGCCCCGCGGACAUCACCAGACAGGCGGAGCCACAGAGGCGCCUUCGUACAGAUCCAGUUGGGAGAGCCGGGACGUCCUCAAGGCUAAGUGGACAUGACACAGCCAACACUACCGCCGGGAAAACCGAGCCGUCUCACAUUCCUUGCAGCUCCUCGAGACAGAGUGGGACCACGAGGACACCUGCCAGUAUCUCGACGAGACCAGGGGCUGGGGUUUGCCGGGGUGGAGGGCGGGUGGCAACUGGUGGAGGGACUGGCAGGGUCAUCACCUCCCUCACGCCCUCCACCAUCUCCACCAUUGCUGUCACGUCCACUUCCAACGCUGCUUCUACCAAGGUGACCUCCAACACCACCUCCCUGAGUACCAACGUCACCAUCUCCACCAGGAUAUGUACUUCUAUUAUUCCUGCGUCACGGAGGAGCUACUCCAUCUCGUCCUCCAUCCACACCCAGACAGGUGGGUUUGUGUACACGUGGGUCAGGUGUGGUGUGGAAUAGCUGCAU